AUGUAUGUUUGGGUUAAAAAUAGAAGUGAUACUGUCUUAAACCCAACAAAUGUCUGUGGAUCAAAGCCUUUUCCUCGCUACGGCUAUAAACCUUCACCACCAAAUGGUUGUGGGUCCCCUCUGUUUGGAGUUCAGUUUGACAUCGGUAUCCCUUCGAUGACAAAGUGCUGCAAUCACCAUGACAGAUGCUACGAUACUUGUGGCAAUAAAAAAAAUGACUGCGAUGAGCAGUUCCAGUCCUGCCUCUCCAAAAUUUGCAGGGAUGUGCAGAAAACACUUGGAAUCUCCGAGAGUGUCCAGGCGUGUGAAUCAACUGUUCAGCUGUUGUUCGAUGCGGUUAUACAUUUAGGAUGUAAACCAUACCUGGACAGCCAGAGAGCUGCGUGUAUGUGUCGUUACGAGGAUAAGACAGAUCUCUGA